AUGAAGCUUGGGGGAACAGCUGGAGGCUAUCUGUGGAAGGCCGUGGGCAUGUCUUUGUACAUUCUCAGCGGCCUGGCUGAGGACGCUGGAACAGUAGAGGCUGCCUGGCCUCAAAUCCCCAUCCUUCUGCCGAGCAUUGUCGGCCCGCUGAAACCCUCAGAGGAGCCACCUCGAUUUGAGGAUGUGAAGUUGUCGACCUGUGUGUCAAGAUUGCAGGCUGCUCUUUCUGCCAACAUCACGAGGAUCCUGGACCUGGUGACCAAUCGGCUUCAGCGAGAUUAUUUGCUCAGUUUGCGCGCUGGUCUUCAUCACCUCAGCCAGUCCUUGGAAUCAGUGGCAUUGGCCAACGACUGCUGGCCAGAUGAACUAACUGAGCAAGCCUUCAAGACGGCUGUGUCCCAGAUGAGACAGCUGGUCGAUGCUGGGCGUGUGAAUGCUGGAUAUUGUCCGUUCACCGGCAAUGAGCAGACAACUCUGGGCGGGUCCGAGGUCAGCAAGCUCCUGCGGAAGUUUGCCAAAGUUAGACCUGGAGCCAAAAAGGAGGCCAGAAAGCUGGGUCGUGUGAUCGGGAAACUACUGCGAGAGGUGCAGGAGACAGGAAAUGGCCCAGAUCCUGCCGGAGCGGUUCCGGUUGACUGGGAGAUGAGGGCCGCAAUGUUCGGUGGCUCCAUCGAGUUGUGA